ACAAAAUUUACGCAAAGACCGCCAGCGCCCCCGGCAUCACAGACAUGUCCAGCGGCGUCGUACCCACGAUCUCCCCGUCGACGUUGAUCUUCAUGGGAACGGGCGUCUCAAGCGCCAGCGACUUAAAUCGGUGGUACGCGACGCGAGGAUGGAACACGUGCCGGCCCUCGCUUUUCAGCAUGCCGAACGCCCUGAUGAGGCUCCGCCGACACAUGCGUCGCAAGACACCAAUAUCCAUGCAGCCGUCGUCCGCCGUGGCCCCAGGAGCCAGCAACAAGUUGCUUCCGCCGGUCUGCGUGUUCUGGAUCAGGAAGAGCGUGUAGUCGCCCGUCAGCGUUUUGCCGUCGAGGGUGAGCGUGGCCGGCCGCCGUCGGUUGGCGAGGAUCGUUGCCACGAUACCGAGGUCGUAGCGGACCGGGCCCAGACAGCGCAUCUUCUCCGCCAAAACCGUCGAGUCGACGCCGAGGCCCCACGUCACCAGGUUGUGGCUAUACCACAGGCCGUCGUCGCAAACGCGCACCUCGGCCAGAUCGAUUUUACGUACGCGGCCCGCCAGGAUCCUCUCCACGGCGCCUUCAACAGAUGUGAUCCCGAGCUCCAUGGCUUGACAGUUCCCGGUGCCGCAGGGAAUGAUCGCGACGCGCGGCAGCGUCUUGCGGUGCCUCAGCCGCCCCGUGAUCACCUCGCAGACGCUCCCGUCGCCGCCGACUACAGCGAUGGCUUCGUCGUCUGCGACCUCCGCUCCGGCCGAGAGCGUGAGGAAGUGCCCCGCGCGUUCGGACCGGUACUCAACCACUUGGAUACCCUCAGCUUGUAGCAGCCGCGUCGCCUCGGCGGCGACCGUCGCGCCGCGGCGGCGUCGUCCGGAAAACGGAUUGACAAAUAAGUGCACCCGUGCUGGCCGCUGCGUGUCCUCCGGUGGCUUCGACAGGAAUGGAGCAAUGAUUGGUUUGUGGACGCCUUUUUUCUGGCGCGUCGUCGUGUCUGGCGCGAAUGCAAUGGUCUCUGGUUGGGCAGCCUCUGCGGGCUCAACUUGUGCCAUCUCGGGCUGCCUCCAACUUUGUGCAGUGCUGCGCACGUCCCUAGCACAAGCACACGCGCGCACGUCGUGGCGCUCUGCACAGCGCGGCC